AUGCAAUACAAAACAGAAACUCGGGGUUCGUUGUCGUACAAUAAGGUCAACAAUAUGGGAGUGUUUCCGUCGGAGACUCUGGCGAGGAUAGAGUCGAUGGCCGCGGAGAAUGCGGUGGUUAUAUUCAGCGUGAGCACUUGCUGCAUGUGCCAUGCCGUCAAGCGUCUCUUCCGUGGAAUGGGAGUCAGCCCCGCCGUCCACGAGCUCGACCUCCACCCUUACGGCGUCGAUAUCCACCGAGCUCUUCUUCGUCUCCUCGGCUGCUCCAGCGGCGGCGGUACUUCUCCGGGAGCACUUCCGGUGGUAUUCAUCGGAGGGAAGAUGGUAGGGGCAAUGGAGAGAGUGAUGGCUUCGCAUAUCAACGGCUCACUUGUCCCUCUUCUAAAAGAUGCUGGUGCUCUCUGGCUCUGA